AUGACAGGAGUGGCGAAGGAUUCUAUUACGAAAGAUAUGGUGAUGCAGAUUCUCUUAAAAUUACCCGUCAAAUCUAUGUUGAGAUUCAGGUGUGCAUCAAAAUCAUGGAACUCCCUCGUUACUAGCCCUGGCUUCAUGAAGAACCAUCUGGACAAAGCCAAACAACUGCUUCUCCUUCGAACCGAAAAUCCUGUAGUAUCUUACUCUUUGCAUCUUGAUAAUGAUCGUGUAGAUAUGCGCUCACGUUUGGAGUUUCCUAUUCCGAAUGAAGCUGACUCGAACCCAGGAGUAGCAGGAGGAGACAAGCCCCUCCUACCGCCAGGCCAAGACCCUCAUUGCGAAGCUGGUCUUUUUGAUUUUAUUGGUUGUUGUAAUGGCGUUGCAUGUCUUUCGAGUCAAUAUCUCCAAAUCGAUAGCAGCAGAAGACUUGUCUUGUGGAACCCAUCAAUUAGAAAAACUUUGGAUCUUCCAGCUCCGAGUUCAUGGGCUGCUAUUGACAAGACUUUAUUGGGCCUUGGCUAUGAUCCACAAAGUGACGACUAUAAGGUUGCCAGGGUUGUGAGGCUAAAAAGCCCAGAAUAUGAGGACGAGCGUCCAUUUGCUUUUCAAUUUUACUCGCUCAAUUCAGGAUCUUGGAAUGAAAACGCUGAUGUCAGCAGUAGUCUUGCGAAUGAAGAUACUUUGCGCAGCAUCACCCUCCAUGGCUUUGGCAAUCCGGCCAUUGUAAAUGGGGUCAUUCACUGGCUUCUACAUCCUAGAGAAAAUAACGGUAUGCUGGCACUAUCCUUUGAUUUAAGCAAUAAUUCAUUCGGAGAGUUAAUGCUGCCUGAAUGUUUCGAUCCGACGGAACGGAUAGCAGCGAUGUCCAUUUCAGUGUUCAAGAACUCUCUUUCUUUCAAUGUCCUUAAGGAUUAUGGCGGAAAUUAUGUUUGUGAGGUAUGGGUGAUGAGCCAAUAUGGUACGAGGGAAUCAUGGGACAAACAAUACCGGAUUGAAAUGCUCGAUAUAGCAAGGCCGGUGGUUUUUAGGAGUAAUGGAGAGAUAUUAAUGGCAGGAUAUGCAAAUUCUCAGUUAGUUUCAUGUGAUCCUCAGACACAGGAAAUUCAUGAUACGGGGCUGGAGGUGUUACUUGAUGACUACGCUGAUUAUUUUGUUGAGAGUCUCGCUUUACUUGAUAGAUCAAACUAGACUCGGUAGCAAAAGGCUGCUGGACCUGCAACAACUAGUGGAGCUUAGUAAAAGAACAAAAGAGGCACUUGAGAGGUUAUAUUUGAAAAGGAAAACAGUAUUCUAUAAUAGACAUCAGUUUUAUAUGUUAAUGUUUCUUAACAUUUACUUGUUCUUGGAGGUUUCUGGGCAUGAACAUAUGAAACUAUUCUAUAA